AGAAAGAAAGAAAGAAAGAAAGAAAGAAAGAGACUUGAUGUGUACUCCUAGCACUUGGGCCAAGUCCUCAGUAAGUGAGCCCCUCGCAGCACUGGGCUUUGACUUUGCGGUUCCCCUCAACGCCACCUUGGUUGUACAUAGAGAGAACACCAGCAGGCCCGAGUGGCCCCCUGCGCUGGUGGUAACUUCAGUGAAAGUAAAGGGCCUGGAGCCUGCUCCUGGGGAAGUCCGCAGCAACAGUGCUGGGGGCAGGGCAGGCCUCCUGGCGGGGCUUCCUGUCAGGGCUCCAGGCCCAGCCUUCAAACAAUGGCAGGGACUCCAGAAUCAGAAAAUCAAAAGAAAAAGGGCAAAAUAAAAGUCUAGGGGUGGGGAGAUUGAGGAAUUCCGUUUGGGGCUUAAGAAACUAAGAUGGGGGACCUGCUUAGGACCUGGGUGGAAAUGCAGUCAGAGGCCUAGCUCCCCACCUGACCCCACCACAGCCCUGAGCUUGGCUCCAGGCAGCCCUUAGAGUCCCUCUGUCUCCCGCUCACCCCCUGCAGGCAGUCUUCCCUCAGGUAGGGUCUUUUGAAACCCUGAUCUGACCAAGUCACCCACCUGCUUCAAAACUCUUGCUGCCUGGGGUGACAGCCUAGCUCCUUGGCCUGGCACGAGAGGUCCUUUGUGGUCAGCUGCAGACCCCAGCAUCCACGGUCAUUCACGGCACCUUUGGUCCAGCUCUAGCUGUGAUCUGGGGCUCGCUGAAGGCAGGCACGGGCAGGAUGGGAGCGAUGGGGGCUGGUAGAGGAAAGGAGCCAGGGGUCUUACAAUGUUUCCCUUUCCUCCCCACCCUCUGCAGAGCCAUGAGCCACCAGAUCCUGCUGCUCCUGGCCGUGCUGACCCAGGGCCUGGCCACCUCCCAACAGGGAGACAAGGUGCCCUGUGAGAUGGUCGACAAGCAGGUCUCGUGCCAGGGUCUUGGCCUGCUCCACGUCCCCUCGAUGCUCCCACGGGACAUCGAGGCCCUCGACCUAUCUGGAAACCAGCUGCGGAGCAUCCUGGCCUCACCCCUGGGCUUCUACGUGGCCCUUCGACACCUGGACCUGAGCACCAACGAGAUCAGCUUCAUCCAGACAGGUGUCUUCCAGGCCCUGCCCCACCUGGAGCACCUCAACCUGGCCCGUAACCGCCUGGCAGCGGGCACCAUGCUGAGCACCCCUGGUCUGGGCCCCCUGCCUCGUGUGACAUCUCUGGACCUGUCAGGGAACAGCCUGUACAGUGGCCUGGUGGAGCGGCUGCUGGGGGAGGCGCCCGCCCUGCGCGCCCUCUCGCUGGCCGAGAACAGCCUGACCCGCCUGGCCCGCCAUACCUUCUGGGGCACGCCUGCGCUCGAGCGGCUCGACCUGCACAGCAACGUGCUCAUGGACAUCGAGGACGGUGCUUUCGAGGCCCUGCCCCACCUGGCCCACCUGAAUCUCUCCAGGAACUCCCUCACCUGCAUCUCCGACUUCAGCCUCCAGCAGCUGCGAGUACUUGACCUGAGCUGCAACAGUAUUGAGGCCUUUCAGACGGCCCCCGAGCCCCGGGCCGAGUAUCAGCUGGCCUGGCUCGACCUGCGGGAGAACAAACUGCUCCACUUCCCCGACUUGGCCGCGCUCCCGAGCCUCAUCUACCUGAACGUGUCCAACAACCUCAUCCGGCUCCCUGCAGGGCCACCCCAGGGCGGCGAGGGCAUCCACGCACCUUCUGAGGGCUGGUCGGCCUUGCCCUUCUCGAACCCCAGCCGGAACGCCAGCAGCCACCCCCUCUCCCAGCUCCUGAAUCUGGAUUUGAGCUACAAUGAGAUCGAGCUGGUCCCCGAGGGCUUUCUGGAGCCCCUGACCUCCCUUCGCUUCCUGAAUCUCAGUCGGAACUGCCUGCGAGGCUUUGCGGUGCUGCGCGCCGGCUUCCUGCCUUGCCUCGUGCACCUGGACGUGAGCCACAACGCGCUGGUGACGCUCGCGCUGGCCUCCAGAGCGCUGGGGUCCCUGCGGACGCUGCUCCUCCAGGACAACGCCCUGCAGGACCUGCCCCCGUACACUUUUGCUGGCCUGGCCAGUCUGCAGAGGCUGAACCUUCAGGGAAACCGGGUCAGGCCUUGUGGGGGCCCGGGGGAGCCUGGAGCCCUGGGGUGUGUGGCCUUCUCUGGCCUCUCCUCCCUCCGCAUCCUGAACCUGGUGGACAACGAGAUGGAGCGGCUGCGGGCGGGGGCCUUCCUCCACACGCCGCUUACCGAGCUGGACCUCUCUGCGAACCCCGGGCUGGACGUGGUCACAGGGGCCCUGGCAGGCCUGGAGGCCUCCUUGGAGGUCCUGGCCCUGCAAGGCAACGGGCUGGCCGUCUUGCAAGUGGACCUGCCCUGCUUCAGCUGCCUUAAGCGUCUCAACCUUGCCGAGAACCGCCUGAGCCGUCUGCCCGCCUGGACGCAGGCCGUGUCCCUGGAGGUACUGGACCUGAGGAACAACAGCUUCAGCCUCCUGCCCGGCAGCGCCAUGGGUGGCCUGGAGCCCAGCCUCCGGCGCCUCUACCUGCAGGGCAAUCCGCUGAGCUGCUGCGGGAAUGGCUGGCUGGCCGCCCAGCUGCACCAAGGCCGUGUGGACGUGGACGGCACCCAGGACCUGACCUGCCGCUUCGGCUCCCAGGAGGAGGUGGCCCUGAGCCACGUGCGCCCCGAGGACUGUGAGAAGGGGGGGCUCAAGAACGUCAACCUCAUCAUCAUCCUCACCUUUGCGCUGGUCUCAGCCAUCCUCCUCACCACCCUGGCCACCUGUUGCUGUGUCCGCCGGCAGAAGUUCGGCCAGCAGUACAAAGCCUAGAGAAGCCGGGGGCGGCAGAACGGUGCAGCCGGGAGACCUGCCCAGGUGAGCCGGGCAGCUGGAGCACAGCGGGGGGUGGGGACUGACCCAAGGUCACACGGGGAGCCCGGGUCGGGGCACGCUGGUCUCUACAUCCCAGCCCAGGGCUCCUUUCCUCAUGUGCUGCUGUCCUGGUAGGCGACCCACUUCCCAGGCCACACGUGUGGUCCGGCUGUGGAGGCCAGAAGUUGGCCAGUUUCAGGAGUGACAGAGAGCAAGGUCGACCUGCCCGAUCAGCAAAUCUCGGCCAGGCAUCUGUUUUGUGCCCCAUCCUGCUCCGGUGGAGGAGACACACCCCUGCCCUGAAGCAGCUCCGAGUCCUGGGGGGGAGGGGGUCGCGAAGCCACGCAGUGACCGCGCAGAGUGGAAGGCCAGGGCUCCGGGACGCUGCAGCCCCAGCUGGCGCGGAGAGUCCUGCCCCGCCAGGGCCAGAGCGCAGCAGGGGCGAGACCAGGGACACUUGUCUGAGACGUGUCCAAGCGGACUGUGUGUCACAUCUUCCCAUACUGACUUUCAGCUUCUCUGGCGCACGAAGAGCUUGUGAGCGGAAGAGCAGCCAUGUGAGUGGGUCCUGGAUCCGGCUAUGGGGCUGCAGCAGUUCCUGCGGAGCCUGGGCUUCUGGCCCCAGGGCCGACCAUUCCACUUCCUGCUCCGAACUAGCUCUUUCCCUGCCCAGCACUCUCGGGGUGCGCAUACUCACCCCAGUACUGCUCUAGGCCCCCAACUCCCUACGCAGGCGCCCUGGUCGUCCCCAGUGCCCCCACCCUGGCUGGUGAGCCAGGAGUUAGAACCUUAGGUACCAGGUUCUGUUUUGCCCCAGGCUUGCCGGCAGCGGGAACAGGUCUGCCUCUUCAGGACAGCCCUCUGAGGUGGGGAUUAACCAUUUUACAAGAACUCCAGAACUCUCCCCUCAGGGUCCUGCAGCUAAGAAAUGCCAGACCUGAGAUUCAGGCUCAAAUCCGCCUGUCUCCCCGGCCUGACCUUUGCCACUGCGGGGGCAGUCGGCUGUUAGGUGGACAGGAAAUGGCCCCAUAUCGAGGGAGCAGGGCCUGGGAGCAUCCCGUGCCGCAAUCCCCACCCACUCCUCUCCCUCCUCUCUCCUGGGCAGGCAGACACAGGCUGCCUCCUUCUCUGCCUGUUUCCCCUAUUCCCUCGUUUGCAGACUGGUGUGUGUUCACCUUUUGCUCUUGCGUUCCCUCUUCCUCCAUUGAGCACAGCCUGGAGUUUGAGACCGGGGAAUCCAACCUCCCCAUUGCACAGAUAGGGAAACUGAGGCUGAGGAAGAGCCUGGCACUUGCUCAGAGCUUCACAAGCCAGUGGUAAAGCCCGUGACCCAAGUGGAUUCAGACCUCAUUGGGGGUGUGAAGGGGAUUUGGGGGCUGGACCUGAGUGAUUUCCUUCUCUCCCAGCUGUCCUAUCACAAGAUAACGCUGGCUCCAAACGCUUUCGGGUCCUCGUCAUGCAGGGACUUUUUCCCCCCUACCAAAGUGGGUAGAAAAGCCCAUCUAGAUAUAACCCCCUAUUCCCCAUGCCCUUGGAAUCAUGGGCUGUCCAGGAAGCCCUGGGGCCAGCCCAAGACCCUCUGUUGUUGUCUUCACUAUCUUACCCAUACUUGGCCCGUGGUCUGGCUCAUGAUGGUGCUUGGUAAAGUGUGAGACAAUGAAAACACCCUUCUCUCUGCCCCGUUUUAUAGACAAGAAAACUGAGGCCCAGAGAGGGUCAAGCACUCAGGGAGUCAGUGGCAGAGCCGGGGCUAGAAGCUGGUGUCCUGGCCUCAGCCUGGGGCCCUGGUGGCAUGUGGGACAGCCAGGUGGACCCAGUCCUGGUUGGAAUCACAACCACAGGUGCUCACUGCCCAGAACACUCUUCCCCAGGCCUGGAGGGCAAGGUGUGGGCCCCUUCAGGCCUGAUUUUUGAAAACACUACACAAUGCUGCUCUCACCUCAAGGAGCCAGGCCGCAAUUCCCGCCUGGGGACCAGCUCUUUGUAUAACCCACAUGAAUGUAUUAAAAUAUAAUUUUGGAGAAACAG